AUGGUGUUGCCAGCUGUUCUCAACGCUCCUAAGGGGCUAUCCAUCACCAUAGAACAAGCGUCGUGGUUCGGUUCCAUAGCAUUCCUUUGCCAGCCCUUAGGCAGCUUAUUUUCCGGACCCCUCCUAGAUUACUUCGGAAGAAAAAAGGCUCUAUUUAUAGUGAACAUACCGCAUGUAAUAGCGUGGUUGCUAAUUUACUACGCUUGGAGUGUACCGGUGCUGUUCAUUGGCAACGCAUUAUUAGGCAUCGGUACAGGAAUAAUGGAAGCACCUUCCAUCACAUACGUUGGUGAAGUAAGUGAUCCUUCACUCCGUGGCAUCCUAACAACACUUACGAACAGUUUUACCUCGACUGGUAUAUUCAUGGCGUAUCUGCUUGGAUCUGUGUUACCAUGGAGACAAGCAGCAUUGGCCGCAUUAAGUAUACCUCUUAUCACCAUGGUGUUGGUUUUAUUUGUACCGGAAACUCCGGUGUGGUUACUUUCCAAAGGGCGUCAAAAACAAGCUCUGAGAUCCCUUUGCCGACUUCGAGGCUGGGCAAAACCCGAAGAAGUGAAAGAAGAAUUCGAUCAACUCGUCUUAACUGGAGCAGUCUUCAUUGCAAUGAAUCUCCUUUCUGCUAUAAUCGUCAAGCUCAUUGGGAAGCGCAAGCUGAUUUUAGGAGCUCUGUUCGCCACGAGUUGCUGCAGCCUUGGAAUUAGUGUGUAUGCUGGGGUGAAGCUACCAUCGAGCGUGUUCUCCUAUGAGAUACAUACCUUCCCUGAAGAGAAAAGCUUCCUACCAGUUUUGCUAUUUAUUCUACUUGUAUGCUUCAGCAGUUUAGGAAUACCAUGGGUGCUGCUAUCAGAGGUGUUUCCAUUUAGGAGCCGUGGUGUUGCAACGAGUCUUGCUGCUGCUUUUAGUUACAUUAUAUUCUUCCUGUCGUCCAAAACUAAUUACAACAUUGAAGCCAAUUUACAUCUUAGUGGUACGUUCGCCUUGUAUUCCGCCUUCGGCCUCAUAGGGACCGUUUAUCUUUAUUUCUUUUUACCGGAGACCGAAUCUAAGACACUGUUAGAAAUAGAAGCUUUUUACAAAGGUAACAGAAAAAUAUUCGCAGACGACUUUCUUAUUAAUGCCUUUAGAAAGAAACGUAAUGAUAGUAACGAAAGAGCAUCCUUGUAUUAGUUAUGGAUAUUAAAAAUUUCUUUGCCACUAGUUUCAAUAUAAUCUAAGAACCAAAUUGUGU